CCUUUUAAAAACUAAGGAAGAAGAACACAGUGAAUUUGAGGAAGAGCAACGUGCUUCGUUGAGUUUGGAUGGAAACUGAACUGUAUCUGCUCAGUAAUUGCUAAAAGAGCAUCAUAGGAGGAGGCAACAACAAAGACGGGGAGGCAGCAGCUCAAAUGGUGGUAGAGACCUGCUGUCGGAGACAUUUCUGAAGAAGCUUAAAAGGGACAAAGAAAAUAACCUGCGACAGAUCAUGGAGGCUGUUUUCAACCAGAAGGUUCUGCUAAACGGAUUAGAUUCUAAGCAGAUGCUGAUGGUUAAAGAAGAAACUCCUGAAGACCACAGAUCUGUUGCUGAGCUGCAUGACCCAAAGCCCCAGCAGAUAAAGGAGGAGCAGGAAGAAAUUUGUAUCAGUCUGGGGGGAGAGCAGCUCAAUAAGGAUAUUGAUGCCAGGUUUCCAGUCUCUUCUACUCCGAUAAAGAGUGAGGAUGACAAACAGUUCAUUGUGCUCUCACAGAAUCUUUAUAAAGACGAAAUUAAAGACAGAGAUUUUCCAAAAGAAUUCAGUGGGGGAGAAGAAUCCAUCAAAAUAGAAAACUGUGGAGAUGGUUAUAUUUCCUUAAAGAUUGAAGAUGCUGAGAAGGAUGAAGAGGACAAUGAGGUAAACCAGUCUACUUCUGAGUUAGAUUCUGGACUGAAAACUGAGAACUUGGACAAUGACUGGAAGGAGAGAAGAGCUCCAAAGUCAGAUGGAAACAUUAACAAACCUUGCAGCUCCUCUGAGUUUCCUGAACAAUUUGUUCACUGUUGCCCCAUUCAGAAAGAUGUGCCACAUUCAGAAAUGAGAUCUUCAACCACCGUGGGUAAUGAAUGUUUUACAGAGAAGAAAAAUGUGGACUCAAAAAGUAAGAUUCAGACAGGAGUGAAGUUGAGCUGCAAAUACUGUGGUAAAACAUUUUCUGGAAAAUACACUUUAAACACACAUGAGAGAAUCCACACAGGGCAGAAACCUUUCUGUUGUGAUCUCUGUGGACAAAGAUUUAACCAAAAAUCAACUUUAAACAGACACAUGAGAAACCACACUGGACAGAAACCUUUCUGCUGUGAUUUUUGUGAACAAAAAUUUAGCCAAAAAUCACAUUUAAUCAGGCACAUGAGAAACCACACUGGACAGAAACCUUUUUGUUGUGACUUUUGUGGACAAAGAUUUAGCCAAAAAUCACAUUUAAGCAGACAUAUGAGGAACCACACUGGACAGAAACCAUUUGGCUGUGAUUUAUGUGGACACAAAUUUGGUGAAAAAUCAAACUUAAACAUACACAUGAGAAUCCACACAGGACAGAAACCUUUCUGUUGUGAUAUAUGUGGACAAAACUUUGCUGCAAAAUCUAAUUUAAUCACGCACACGAGAAGCCACACAGGACAGAAACCUUUCUAUUGUGAUCUCUGUGGGCAAAAAUUUAGCCGAAAAUCACAUUUAAAAACGCACAUGAGAAUUCACACUGGACAGAAACCUUUCUGUUGUGAUCUCUGUGGACAAAGAUUUAACCAAAAAUCUAAUUUAAACACACACAUGAGAAUCCAUACCAAAGGAAAAAAUGUGUAGCUAUGAAUACUCAAACUGCACGUCUCCAGUUGCGAAACAUUUGCGUGUUGUCAUUAAAGUCAAGAGUUUUUUCUCUUUGGUUUCAGUA